CAUAUAGUAACAUAUCAAACACUGGCACUUUCAGUCUCUGUUUUUGCUUCUGUAUAGUAGUGUGACUCUCAGAAGAAAUGAAGGCUCCUUUGUGCAUUUGCACUCUAUCCAUAAUCAUAAUCAUUCAGCUGUCCACAGUAGCAGCUUUCCCUGUCAAGGCUCAGCAACCUGGAGAAGAUAACUUUCUCCCUAGAGAUGGGCAUGCCAUUGAUGAUGUGUUUACUCAAGAGACUGAAGAAGAUCGCAAGAGGUCUGCUACCAUUGACCCGGAGCUGCUCACUGCAGGGGACCUCAUCUACCACACUUACGAACAGUUAUCUCCUGAACUGUACAGCUGGCUGUUUGAGAUGGACAUAGUCAAAAACAGUCGCACUGUGAAGACUGUGCUAGAGAGCAACGGGCUGGUUGAACCUGAACACAACUCUGAGGAGGGGAUGCUGCAUAGAGAGCGUAAAACAGCUGGAGUGAACAGCGACUAUCUUUGGCCUGAGGGACGUAUCCCAUACGUUUUUGAAUCAUCAGUCAGUUCUGCUGGAAGAAUGGCAGCAUUGAAAGGGAUGGAUCACUGGAUGCAACACACCUGUCUCCAGUUUGUUCCCAGAGGGGAAAAUGACAUCGACUACAUUCAGUUUGCUGAACGUGAUGGCUGUUGGUCGUACGUGGGCAUGCAGGGAGGAAUGCAGUUGCUGUCUCUGGGCAGAGGGGUGAGGUCUUACUGCAAGCUGGACGGGGUGGUGAAUCACGAGUUGGGCCAUGCAAUUGGACACUGGCAUGAACAGUCUCGACCAGACCGCGAUCAAUACAUUAGAAUCUUGUGGCAUAAUAUCGAGCCUGAUGCGUACGAGAGCUUCUACAAGUACAGCCGAUCAGAAGUGAAGAGUUUCUCACUACCCUACGACUACGAAAGUAUCAUGCAUUAUCCAGAAAAUGCUUUUUCAAGAAACGAUGAGCUGACGAUUGUUGCUUUGAAUCCUAAUGUAAAGGUGAUGGGACAAAGGAAGAGCCUCAGUCCACUGGACAUUAAACUCACCAACCUCCUGUACAACUGUGAAGUGACCAGAAGUAUUGAGGGUGAGAAUGUGAAUUUCACAAAUGCGAUACCUAAAGACUCAUUUCUAAUACUGAACUCACAAACCCAUACUUGCCUCGAUGUCUCAAACAGAACCACCGAUUGGACCGCUCCCAUAAUGGACCAGCACGACUACACUGGGUUCUACUAUGUAUCGCUCACUGAAUGCUGGCCAGAAAGCCGAGAUCAGUUCUGGCAAUGGACAAGAGAUGGCUCUCUUCUUCAUCUUGGAACAUUCUUAUGUCUAACAGCUCUAGAAGCCCUAAAUGUCCCUAUGAACUUUUUUGAAACAGAUUUAUUGGUGCUUAUGCAUUGCCGCUCUGGAUACGGUCGACAGCAUUGGGUAUGUGCUGAUGAUUUUUUGGAGAACCCUAGUCUAGGAAAGUGUGUUAAGACUGUCCACGAUAGUGAACAGAGAAAUAAACGAGGCGUAGAUGACAGAGAAAAGGAUGAAGAAGACUCUAUGGUGGAGCUGGCUGACGAACUCAAACAGUUCAUGACCGAUGAACACACAACCGUUUCGACUACACAGAAGAAAAAGUAUAACUUUCCAAUUAUUUUCGAACACCCCAAGCUCUCCAACUAUUCCACAAUGGCUUUACUCGAUUACUGUGAGCAUACUGAAGGAGCAGAUACAUGGAACUCGGUAUACUAUAAUGACACUUGCUUACAACUUGGUCCGUCCGUAUGCUCAAUAAAUACUACCGAGUCGCACAAUCUACCAACCUGCUACAACAAGGACAUGAGUGGGUCGACAGGACUUCGUUUCUUCUACGUUGACUGGAUAGGCUGUGAAGAACUAGGCUACUACGCUUCUGGCUUCUACCACACAAACCAAAUCUCAGGAAAUGGCGCAACUGCAGUUCUCACAGGAAUCAAUUGCUGUCCUUCCGGCUCUAUUUUCACAGGUCACACUGACAGUCCCCCAGCCAUUCUUAAAGAAGAUUGUGUUGAAAUCGAGUGGUGGAACUGGCAAGAUACGUUGAUCAGUGAGGGAUGGUUUUCUUGUCCUCGGGGCAUGUUCUUAAAGAGUUUCCUCAUCACAAUACGACCUUACACGCUAGGACAUUACAUCUGGAAAGUAAAGUGCUGCAAGCCUCCCUUGAGCUCUGUUGUUUAUGAGCACUGUUACAAGGACUAUGGAACAACCGCUAUGGAUACUGGUUUGCACAGGUGCAACCUGGAAGGUUAUCAUGUGACGGGGAUGUACAAGAAGUGCAGCGAAGACAGCAAAUGUGUUGAGGAGAUCAUGUGCUGUAUGGCAUUAGGUGUUUAGCAGGGAAGAAACUACUGUGUAUGUUAUUAUAGCUAGAUCAUCACUAUUAAUAUAUUACCCCUGACUGUCAUUAUUCCUUUCAACAUGAAA